AUGGACACCGCAGAGAGCGGCACUGUCACUGCGCCGCCGCUAUCGAGUGCGCAAGCUCCCCCGUGCUUCGAUUGGACGAUGCACAAGUUUAUCUGCAAGUCCUUCGCCACUCUCGAGGCUCGUCCCGGUCCCGACUUCUUCCGCGGUAUCUUCUUUCCGCCUGACGAACCCCUCCCGCGCUUUGUUUGGAUCAAGUACUACUCCAGUGAAGAUUGGACGACCAUCGCACCUAACGAGGUCACCGGCGAAAUCAUGUCCGGUCACUUCCAGCCCGGUACCUGGCCACUAGAGCGCCCAGUCAGUCACUGUCUUGGAAUCUUCCACACUGACAGGUAUAUGACCGAUGGAUCAUCUUUAACCCCGUUCAUCACCAAGUGGAUCGGCACAGCGUCUGGUACCUACUUCCGCGGCCCCUACCUUGCGCACGGUCAUGAAAACGAUAAUAUGGACGAGUAUGAGGAGGUGGAGGAGUUCGGACGACCUUGCGACUUGGAUACUGCCGACUUGAGCUAUCUGCUAGACUUCUUCAAGGCCCAAGGUGCCAACUUCCGCAAGGGUACCGAUUGGAACGGUGUCCUCUAA